UACCUCAACCUGUCCAAAAUCUCCCAGAAGUCAUCUGUGAAAAUGGUUGAUGAUUAGUACUUCCGGUUAAAAAUGCACGAUUUUUAGAGUAACAUGGACAGAUUAUUCGAUAUUAGCAGAUUUCCUGAUCCUGGAUCAGUUGUUCUGACGAUUUUUUAUUUCCCGUUUGGACUUGUUCUAGUUAUUAUUAGAUUAUUCAUAGCACUUCAUGGUUUGUUGGUGUCAUGUAUAUUGCCAAAGUCAGCUGCUACGAGCUUCAUUUUGAAAUCAAUUUUUGCUGUUGUUGGAAUACAUAUUAUGGUUCAAGAAGACAAAAGAGAUGAAAAGAAAAAAGCAAAAAUACUUGUAGCCAAUUAUAUUUCACAUUUGGAUCACAUGAUCAUUGAUUUCAUUCAGCCUUGUCAUACGCCAGAUUAUCAAGGACUAUCAGGGUUCGAACAGUGGGUAUUUGCAUAUAAAAACUUUGGUAUUUCAAAAGGCACAGACACAUUUGAAAAAAAUAUUAAAGAAUAUGUUACAGAUGACAACAAUAAAUUUCCUGUUCUUUUGUGGCCAGAGAAGACAACUACAAAUGGCAGGAAAGGUUUAUUAAAAUUUGACAAAUUUCCAUUUAGUUGUAGCAGUAUUAUUCAACCUAUGACAAUACAAGCUACUAGAUGGCCAUUGGAUGUCAAAGUGACAACAUUGACCAGCAACAGGUGGACAGAUUUUUUCUGGAGCAUGUUUUUUCCAUACACAAUUUUUAAAAUUAAAAUUUUACCAGCAAUGGAGAAAUCUGCUGACGAAUCGGUAGAAGAGUUUGCUGACAGAGUACGGGAAAAACUCUCUUCAACUUUAAAAGUUAGAAUGACAGAUUAUACAUUUGAAGAUAAAGAAAAAUAUAUUAAACGAUUAGACAGUGAGACUAAACAAAAAAAAGCUUCCAGUAACAAAAAAACUAAGCCAAAUCCUGCAGAAUUAGCAGAGGUGUCAAAAAUGGCACAACAAGUCAAAGAAGUAUUACCUGAAACGCCUUUGUCGGUUAUAGAGAAAGAUCUAUUGAAAACAAAAGAUAUUGAUAGAACCAUCUCUAACAUAUUAGAAGGUAAAAUAGUAAUACCUCGUAAUGCUUCUGAUAGCAGCAUUCUGUCAGUACCCUCCAGUAUUCCUGAAGUAUCGCAAGAAAUCAGAGAUAAAGUCAACACACAAGUAUCUCCAGCACAACAGAAAUACAGUGCCCAUUACUUCCCUAAAUCUUCUAGUGAUAGACAUCAGUCAUUUGAGGAGAGAAAGAAAAUAAUGAUAGAAACUGCUAGACAGAUAUACAUGGAAAAACAUGGACUCCACUGACAUAUCUUUAUUACUUUUGUUUUAUUAUCAUCAUUCAUGGGAAGAGUUGCCAUUGACAUGUUGGCUGAUAUUUAUGCAAUUGAUGUAUAGGCAAAAUAUUGUGUAGAAUGUUGAAGAAAAUUCAGUGAAAUGGGAAAAUAAUUAUCAUAGAGUGAAUAGUCAUCACAGACAAUAUGGUUUUUAUAUGGCAAUUGACUAUGUACAGACUAUGUGUAAAAAAAGUUAUACACUGUGUACAGGCUUUGUGUAAUGUGAAAAAUAUAUACACACUGUGUAUAGACUAUGUGUUAAAAAAAUGUACACAAUGUGUGAACAUCAAUUUUAUAUUUUGACAUCAUUCAGAGAUGUUCUUUUGUUUUUAUUUGUUGAAUCUAUAUUAUUGUUUUUCUUCUGUUAUAAAUAUGUGUUGAAAUUCCUUCAUAUUAUGGAAAAGUUUAUUGAAUUGAAUUAUCAUUGCAAAAAAUAUUGGUUUAUAGUUUUUAGUUAAUCUGAAAUGUGGAAAUAAUUUAAACAUAUGAUAAUUGUUCACCAAAUUCAUUCUUAAGGCCCUACAUCAAACAUGUAAUUCCCUCAUUGGUUUGUAAUGUUAUUAAUGACUCAAUCACUUUUACCCUUGCCAUAUUUCGGUCAUUCAAAUGUGUAACAACUGUUCGCCCUUCUUAGUUGUAUAAAGCUACUAGACGUGCCAACUAUCUCAAUUUGCUGAAGAAUAUGUCCCAUGGGAGGGAUAGGUCUGACAAUUUAAAUCAUGUAUUAUAUGAACUAAAACGGACACCCUUCAAGGUAUAGAGAAAAUAAGAUAUGAUUUAUUUAUUUUUUCAAACUUUUAUGAAAGUGAAAUAGUGAAGUUUGGUUUAGUUUUGUCAAACUAAGCAAAGAAAUCUUGCUAAUGAGUUAUAUUGGCAAUCUUGACAUUUUUUUAAUUGUUGAAAUGUUUAUAUUUUAGAUUACCAGUAGUGUAUUUUGGAAGAAGGUUUUAUGAUAUGCUGUUUAUUUUAUAUAUUAUCUGAAUAUCUCAUUUUCAAAAAGAUUGCGAAUCUGAGGGCCUUUCCUCCAUGGAUUUUUUUUCUUACAUACUUGAUUUGCAUAGGAUUUUUUUAAUAAAAAAAAUCAUUGGGUUUAAAGUAUUAAUCUAUUGUGAAAAUUAAAAUUUCAUCAAUGAAAUUCAAAUAUGAUAUUCUCAUGAAUAUCCUUUUCAUAUUGGAUACUAAUUUUUUGAAGGCUGAUGCAGACAUUUUGAAGUCAAAGCGUUUCAACUGAGGUACUACAAAGGCGUCAAAAGGCGUCGUUAUGGAGUAAAGGGGGUGGUAUCAAAAGGCAUCAUUAUGGAGGAAAGGGUUAAAGCAUUUUGGAAGAAAACUGAAACUGAUUUCUUUUCAGAUUUAUUUGCAUGUACUUUGUAUAUCCAAGACCAUAAUCUUGUAGUAUUAUGUCAGACCAAAAGUCUGACGGUAAUAUUGAUAAAAAUCAGGCAAGACUUAAAAGUAUGAGCUUCGUUUUUUUUUAAAUCUUUUUGCAAUUUUACAGGCAAUGCACAACAAUGCACUUUAAAUCUAUUCAUAUCUUGUUCAGUUUGUUUUUAUUUUUAUUUACUAAUCAGAAUACAUUUAUAUAUAUAUUGGUAGGACUGCAACAGUUCUUUAUUUGUAACAAUCAUGAAUAACUUUACAUUGGGUUUAAAUUUAACUUCAGAUUUGAUCACAAUUUUUAAAAAUUCAAAUUGUUUUUGUCCUUUUAACUAUGGUAGGCAUAUUUACUUUUGUUUAACUUAUAUAUAACAUAUAUUGAUGCUUCUAAUAAAAGUUAUUUUCAAAUCAUUCGUCACAGCACACUGUUUUAAAUGGGUCAUAAGAAUCAUGUUAUUUUAUUUAAUAAAUUACAAUGUAUCUACCUCACAGUAUUAAUUCAUCGCAGAGAAGAUAUGACUAACAACUACAAAUUAGUGUAGUCUUAUAUUGUUAUAAGAAUAUUGUUUAGGACAUUUAAUGUGAAGGAAAAGAGAUGAAUCCACAUUGUUGUAUAAAGCAUACCCCCACUCGUAAUUUAAAGGAUUAGAACGUAGGUAAAUGUGUUUGACAGAUCUGUAAAGAUCUCAGACAUAACUAUUCACCACUGUUACUACUCAUCACUGUUGAGGAGCUGACAUAAUAUGAAAUCAUUUGUUUAAUAGCACAGGAGAAAGGUGUUAUGAUAUUUUCUUUAAGUUGACCCACCAUUUUGAAAUAUCUAAAGUAUUGGCAAACAAGAGUAGGUGUCUGACAUAUCGGCUAAAUGCUUACACCUUACAACUUGUCAUUGUCAGACUGUUGACCAAAGAUGAAGUCAUUCUGUUCAGUAUUACCUGUGAAUGGGUGUGUUAAAAAUAUUUUUCUGCCACAUGAAUUAAAUAACGGACAGAUAAGGUGGACAAUCUUGGUACAAUAUGACCUGUUGUCCAUAAGUUUUAAAAAAUCUUCAACUUGAUCAAAUUCUUUAGGAUUUCCUUCUUUGAAACUAUUAACAAUAAAUUCUGUAAAGAUGGACUCAUAUCAUAAUUGAAUUCUAUCGAUGAAUAAGUGAAUGUGUUGUAUAAGGAUGUUGAGACUGUUAAACAAAAUUAUUUAUGUGAUUGAAUUUAUUCUUGGCUGCUGUUUUUGGUGCUCUAUUGUAAUGCAUCUUCAAUAAUAUGGCUUGAAAUAAUAUUACUAGCAUGUUUUUCAUUUUUGCUUCAAAUUUUUAUUUAUUAUGGAGAAAAGUAUCUUGUAUAUGAUCAUGUUAUUUCUGUAAUUGUUCUUAGGAUAAAUUAUGGAAUUCAUUGUAAUUGUUUGCAUUUUAAAUAUUACUUAUCAUAAUGUUAUAUGUCAUGUGCUCUACUGAUUGCAAAUACAUUAAUUUUUGGUGAAUUUUAUCAAAUAAAAUUAUAUGCCACUUCUUUGUAGAUGAUACUUCUUUAUUGUAUGUAUUCCUGAAUUUGAAUUUUGGAGGUAUUUAAAUAUUUCAUGAGCUCUUUAAAUAAUAUAUUCUUGACUAAAUAUACACCUCACAGAAAUAUUUAAAGAUGUAAGAAAAAGGGAAAAUAUUUAAUUUUUGGUAAUCACCUCAAAAGCUGAGUCAAGAAUUGUUUGAAAUGUAACAAUUUUCUUUGCACACCUCACCCAGAAAUAAAAUUAGCCUAUGUAUAUGUGUGCACCAUAUUUUCUUUCUUUUUGUUGUGAAUGAGAACAGCAUAGAAAAUACCAAUGGAUUGUAUUGUUUAUUUGUAUGAUAUAAUGCCAAGAGCCAAUAUGUAAUGUAAAAUUUCUGUUGGGUUUUAUUCUGUACUUGAGGCAAGAUAAAAAAAUAUAUUCCUA